AUGGCAAAGAUGCUUCCAGCACAGGAAGCGGCAAAGAUCUAUCAUACCAACUACGUGAGGAAUGCUCGAGCCAUGGGAGUGCUGUGGGCACUGUUCACCCUCUGCUUUGCUGUGAUCAUGGUGGUAACUUUCAUCCAGCCCUAUUGGAUUGGAGACAGCAUUGAUACUCCACAAGCUGGUUAUUUUGGCCUCUACUCCUAUUGCAUUGGAAAUGCCCUGACUGGUGAACUCAUCUGCAAGGGCAGCCCUCUGGACUUUGGCACCAUCCCUUCAAGUGCUUUCAAAACAGCCAUGUUUUUUGUGGGCAUUUCUACCUUCCUUAUAAUUGGCUGCAUCCUCUGCUUCAGCCUCUUCUUCUUCUGCAAUGCAGCCACUGUCUACAAAGUGUGUGCUUGGAUGCAACUGGCAGCAUGUGCGGGCUUGUCCAUUGGCUGCCUGCUCUACCCUGAUGGCUGGGACUCCCCUGAGGUGAAACGCAUGUGUGGAGAGAAGACUGACAAAUACACCCUGGGAGUCUGCACUGUGCGCUGGGCAUACAUCCUUUGCAUCAUCGGCAUUCUUGAUGCCCUCAUCCUUUCUUUUUUAGCAUUUGUGCUUGGCAACCGGCAAGACAAUCUUCUACCCUCUGAUUUUCAAGUGGAAAACAAAGGUCAACAAAACAAGUACAAAUUGGUUAGUGAGCACUUUAUGGCAAUUUGGAAGUUGAGUGAACCUGAUGUGAACUACGAAGUACGCAGACAAUCCAGACAAGCUACCACUCGUGCUAUCUCAGAACUUCUCUUUUAG